AUGGGUGAGGCGCGGGCGACGGCGCGGGAGUGUGCGAGCUCGACGCUGCUCCCGGGGAAGGGCCACGACACCAUCAUCGUUGUGAUUGUGACUCGGGUGGUGCAGAGGAAUGUGGUGGUGCCGGUGGAGGAGGCUGUGACAGAGGUACAGGCCGUGCCAAGAGUCGAGGACUCGGUCGAGGUGAGGAGCGUGCCGUACACGAGGCUGGUCGAGGUGGAGGAGAUGAUCGAGGAGGACGAAGAGUACAUCGAGAUGGAGGAGGUGACAAGGACCGUGACACGCAUCGAGUGGGUGCCCAAGGAAGUCAUCGAGACAAUCGUCGAGUCGGUCCCGGUCAAGAAGACCCGCCGUGUCUCCCGCCCGGUCAAGCGAGUCAAGGAGGUUCACGAGACUGCACAGGUCUCCAUCCCAGUCUCACGCCUCGUCGUCGACCAGAUUCCGGUCACUCGCACUGUUACUCGCCUCGAGCACCGCACUCUCGACGAACCGCAGGCCUUCCGCCUCACCGCCCACACCGCUGCCACUCCAUCGUCGCCAUACGCUCCGGCCCGGACCCAAGCAGCAGCCUCGGUCGGCAGGCUUCCGACCUCAGACCAUCGCCUCCUGGUCCACGUCUCACCGCCGCACGCUACCCAAGCCACCCGUGUCCCGUCAUGGUCUCCACCGAUUGUUGAGCGGCUGCCACCCACGCCGUCGCCGCAGCCCCGGACCGAGCCGACGCCGCCGUCGCGACCUUCUCCGUCGCCGCCGCCGGCAUCGCCGGUCGACGCUCGCCGUGCCGAGCUCUUUUCGCGCUUCUCCUCGCCGCGCCUCGCCGUCCACCCGAUCGGCCCGGGCGGGUCGACCAACAACGCGCGCCUUUACUCGCCUCCUCACCGGUAAACGUCGUGGAUGCCG